GGACUGAGUACAACAAUGGUCUCGCCUUGCAGCGACGGAAUUCUUCCACCACGCGCAGAGAUCGAAGGCAUUGGCACCCGAGUGGCCACUUAUGCUCAGGUCUUCCUUACCAUCUUCACGAUCGCUUUGACACCCGAAGCAAGCUCCUUUGAUGCCUGGUGGACAGUGCUGGUCACCUCCCUUGGUCUUCAAUUUGCCGCCGUCGCGCAGCGGGAUGAUCUCACUCUCUUUCAUGCUCUUGUCAUUACUCUUCUUGCUUUCCCGGUCUUUGGUAUGUCUUGGGUGUAUAUCUUCUGGCACUGGAAGCUAGACAUUAUGCCACCCGAAAUAUUGAUUGCAACGCAUAUACAUGGAUUUCUUUUCGUUGGCUUUGGUCUUUGGGUCUGGGCGACUGCGCCUACUUUCGGUCAGUGUCCAGAAAUGAAUAGAGGCAUGCAAUUCGUUGUCUUUGGAAAAUCAAUCAGCCCCUUAGGCUGGAUUCGGAUACUUGUUCUCGUCUUAUUCUCUAUCUUGGGCUUCUUGUUCCUAGUGGCCGCCACCGCCGCCCUUGUCCGUGCUAUCCCAUCCGUGCACCGCCGAGCACAUCGUCAUCUAGGCUUCACGCGAAAAUUCGUUGUUUAUUUGCCUUCAACUGCGCAAUCUCUUGUACUCGUCACGAUUUUCAACCUAGCUAUGCUGGCAUAUAGCAUCUGGUCCGUUGAGAGCUUGCUUAUACGCAACGUCACCGGCGCUUCGGAGGCAAACGAGAAUUCAUGGACAUUUGGACAGAUCUCCGCGAUGAUUUUGAUCGUGGGGCCGUUGUUCACUUUCGCAAGGCUCAUGAGAUUUAAGUUCUUCGCUCCGGAGCAUGUCAAUGGCACCGAUCGGGAAGGCAUGCCUUUGACGGCUCCCCACACUCACACGGCCGAUGUUCUGACUGAAGAGAACGAGAAGGCUGAUAGGGCGUCAUCUUCGACUUCCAGGAACUUACUCGGGAAGACGGACUCUGGCGAGUCUGCCUAAGGACUUAUUUCAUCUAUCAAUUGCUUUCACUUCCUUUCGACUGCUUUCACGCUGUCAACCAUGCUCUUUACUUCGCAUGUUCAUAUGCUGUUCUCAUCACCGGAUCAAAACUUAUCGGUCAUUACUAAUCAUGUACUUUACCAAAUGUAAUCAUGUUGCAACUUAUUAUGUUU